GUAUGUAAAGAGCAGCUACAAUCAAUGAUCCCACUCCCACCAAUUCGUAGGAAAUCUGGAAAAUCUGCUGAAAUGCGAAAACGAAUUGAUACGGAAUUGCGACCGCUUACAGAAGAAUUUAUCUUCUCGACGAGAAGACCAAAGAAUCCUCGACCAAGGACUAAACCAGCCACGACUGUAAAACCCUUACCAUCUACUCUCAAAUCUCCUAACCACAUUUCUCGACCUCAAACUAUCACGUCUUUCCCUACUCCGCCACCGUUAAUUGUUUUAGAAACAACAACGAAAAUCCUGCAUAGCUCGGCUUUCCCUCCAUCGCAUCGAAAAAUAAGUAGUUUCACUGCUACGAAAGGGCAUACUACUACAGCGGAAACAACAUCAGAUGAACCACCAACAACGAACGUGUAUCCAGUUUCUCAUGGACAUACUCCUAUUCCACCCACGGAAAAAAGCAAUAUCAAUGAAGCUGCAGAAGCUGUUGAUGAGCAUACGAUCAAUUAUAAAGGAAUAACCAUGAGCGAGGAUGAAUUUUUGAAACAGCUGGUGCGAAUAGUCGAGGCACACCAAAUAGCGAUCAGCAAGAUUGAGGAGCAAGUGGAGGAAGGGCGUCGUCGAGCAAUGCUGGGAGUAUGGGGGGCAAUUUGCCUCUGA